UCCGCUCUCGUCGGAGCCGCAGCAGAAGCAAACCGGCACCGAAAUGGCCCCUCGCGGUCGCCGCGGAUUGAGAAGAUGAGAAGAGGCGGUCGCCUCUCCGCCUUCUGUUCUCUCCCUCUCGUACGUCGCAUCUUCUCCCAAUCGAUCAUGAAUCGUGUGCUGCGAUCCGCUCUCGUUGGCUCUCCCGUUUCUCCCCUCUCGCCGAUGCCCGUCUCCUUCUUCCAUUCCACCCCCCUCUUGGAGCGCCGGAGGAAGAACUACUGGCACCCUCGAUUCAAUUACUGUGUAAAACGGAAGAGAAAGAUGGAAUCUAAAAGGACACAAGUUCGCAACCUCUCGGACUAUGCGGAGUAUCUCUUUCAGAGCUGGCGAGAUGAAGUUGAACAGAAUUCAUCAACUCGUGAAACACCAUGGUUUAGAAGACAUUAUUGGGCCAUGGGAGCAAAGAAGAAUGGUUAUCCUGAUCCACUAUGGGAAUCUAAUAGCAAUAAGAAGAAAAGAGUCUUUGAAUUCUAUCAAAGUGAUGACGAUGAUGACGAUGACGAUGUUGAGACUAUAUUUCAUUCUGCAUUUGGAGGGACACGAUUCUCUUAUUGGUCUUUUCACAGUUCUCAAGAUUCCCAUUGGAGUCAUUCUGGCCACACUUCUCAUAAAAGCAGGAAUUGGACAUAUGAAACAGAUGAUGAAAAUGAUUAUUCUGCUCAACCAGAAUUCACAUCUGAAAGGCUAGCUCUUGGUUUGAGAGCAUUUGGUCCUUUAAACAUAGAAGAAGUCAAAAGAGCAUACAGAACAUGUGCUCUGAAGUGGCAUCCAGAUCGACACCAAGGUUCAUCAAAGGUGAUCCUGGGCCAAGAAUCAUCCAAGAUCAUGUUGAUAUGUGCUCAAGGAUUAGACGGGAUCAGGCAGGGAUGAUUUAACCUAUUCCUAUCUGGAAGCAGCAGAGGAGAAAUUCAAGCAUUGCAGUGCAGCAUACAAGACAUUAUGCAAUAAGCUAGCUAUCGGUGAAUGUAGCGUUAGAUCAUGCUAAUUAAGCUGGUUCAUCAGUGCUGUUGUAUCAAUGAGUAGGCUUUACAGAAUUCAUUUGUUUUUGGAAUAAUUUGAGCAUCCAGAUCAAAAGUGUCAGAGAUACAGAAUGCAACUAUUAUGACAAUUCUCAGCAUCACACAUCAUCUCGGCAUCUGCAGAGUCUUUUAGAAAGAAAGUUUCUUGAUCUUGGCAUUAGGAAAAAUUGUUAGAAGAAAAGCUCCAUCUUCCACAAUAUUUCUUUGGUAACACUUUCUAAGUGUUGGUCUUAUAUGUCUGUCUAUUUUAAAUGGAAAUAACAUGAUUCAUAAGACAGCCAUGUUUAUCUAUUUCAUCUCACACAUGAAUAUUUGUUUUUAUGUAAUAUAUUGGAUUCUCGGUUUGAGCCA